AGUCAUCCUGUGAACCCCACAACGCAAUAGAACUAGUGAGAGAGCUGCAGCAAGCAGGCGUUCAAGAGUCUUCUUCAGACGGGAGAGGAACCUACCGUGGCUCUGCAACGGGCAUGCGUUCAGAAUGAGCAGUACAGGGAGAUUGCUGAUGCUUGCUGGAUACAGAUACUGACAGGGGAAGGGAGGGAUGGGAGUGGGCUCGGACUCCAGCUCAAAUGGAUGGAGUCGAGCUCGGGGAUUGGUAGCGAAGACGCUGGUGUUGGUAGGAGGGGCACUGCUGCUCAAGCGGCUCACGAAGUCCACUACCCGCUGGGAUCAUACCAGAGUGGUUGCUAGAUCUCUCAGCGGUGAGAAGUUUUCAAGGGAUCAAGCAUCCAGGGAUCCUGAUAAUUACUUUAAUUUGAGGAUGCUUACAUGCCCAGCAGCGGAGAUGGUGGACAGGUCAAAGGUUUUAUAUUUUGAGCAAGCAUUUUGGAGGACUCCUCAAAAGCCCUUUCGACAGAGAUUUUUUAUGGUGAAGCCUUGUCCAAAUGAGAUGAAAUGUGAUGUUGAGUUAAGUUCUUAUGCCAUUAGAGAUGUGGAGGAGUACAAGAACUUCUGUGAUCGUGGAAAGGACCAGCGCCCACUCCCUGAAGAGGUUAUUGGGGACAUUGCAGAACAUUUGACAACCAUAUACCUCAAACGCUGUGAACGUGGAAAGAAUUGCUUAUAUGAAGGUUCAACCCCACCUGGCGGAUUCCCUAAUUCAUGGAAUGGUGCAUCAUACUGUACUUCAGAACUUGCAGUAUUGAGGAAUAAUGAGAUACAUACUUGGGAUCGGGGCUAUGAUGAUGAUGGGAAUCAAGUUUGGGGUGUUACAAAGGGUCCAUAUGCGUUCAAGCCUGCUCCUACAUCAAGCAUCAAUGAAAUGUUCUCUCCUUUAAAUUUCUCCCCCCCACGGUCCAUGGAGAAGCGAAUAGAGGGUUCAUUUGCCCUUCAAGAUUGAUAAUAUAUUUACAAAUUACAGUGUAAAUUUUCAUAUUCUGCCAUCUUAAUAGUAUGUUAAAUUAUAUUUUUCGUAGGUACCAUUUGGAUCAAGAAUUUUGUUUGAGUAAAGAAAAAUAAUAUAUAUAUAUAUAUAUAUAUAUUAAAUUGUAUUUGCUCUUGUAUUAAAUAGUAUGGAAAGUUUGUUUUUUU